AUGGAUUUACCCUUGCUUGAGCCACCUACAAAUGACAGAAAGUUAACAGACAUAUAUGUGACACUCAUGUGGAUUCUCGAUUUACAGCUACCCACAGAAGGUCAAGAUCUAAGGAAAAGUGGAUCGAGGUCUUAUCUUUUGAGACCAGGAAAAAUGUAUACCUUAGGGCGAGAUGUUGCAUCAGACUUUUACGUGAACAUCAAGAAAAUAUCAAGGAAACAAAUGCAAAUAGUUUACAAUGAGAAAUCAAAUAGUGUUCAGUUGUUAAACAUCGGAAAUGGCAACUGGGUUGAUAAUAAUGGAACGGAACUUACAGGAAGGGAUCCUAAAGCUAGAGUGAUUCGGAGUGAUACAAGUUUUAAGCUUCGUUCUUUUGAUUGGAAAAUAGAGUUUUUCAAAGUGCCCGACCUGAAAAUAUCGUCAUUUAUUAGUAGUAAUGUUAAGGAAUCUUUAGAUUUGGAAGUAGACAGAACUUUAGCAGACAAGGUGAUUUCGAUCAAUGGCCAUCCCAGGGAAGUGAAAACUAUAACACCGUGGUUGGAAACAAUUAGAUCGAGGAGAUGGGAAACUAAGGGUCGCCUACAUGAGUACCUCAUACCGUCUCCAACAACAGAGGUGACCACAUCAAGUGAUUCAAGUCAAGAAGAUGAAAACAGUCAUGGUGGCUUGGCUACCAAUGGGAUUCUACGAGAAGAAAAAACUGAUAUGGGUAGGUAUGCUAUCAAACCCAGCUGUCUCGAUUCACAAGUGCAUGUUACUAAGAAUAAAGUGGGGCAAACAACGGCAGCAACAAGAGGAAGAAACUCAGAAGAUCUGAUUGAUAUAAGGCCGCCGAGAAUCAACUCUAACUUUUGUUUGAACCGUAAAGUAGAAAAAUCCAAGGAUAAAAAGAGCCAGUUUGAUCUGAUGCUUGAUGAAAUGGAAGAGAUAGCAGAUUUGGACACGUACAUUUCCCAAAAUACACAAAAGAAUAAACGAGAAAGUCUUGGUAGACCCAGUGAUGAACAUACUGAUGUAUGCGAGGUAUCAUCAGUGUCAGAGAGACCUAUAGACAAAUUCAAUGCUGAAUUGCUGAACUUGGAUAUUGAUAAUCAAAAACAUAACUUGUAUAUAGACCAGGGUGACAAAAAACGUAGAGGAGAGGCAAUACCAAACCCUGAUGUACCGCUGAAACGGUUGAAGAGUGGAUUAAUGAAACAGGAAACACCAAUAUCGUCGAAUGACAAACUAACAGAUAUCUUCAAGAAGACAAAACGAUUAAAGCUCAACAAACUUGGUGAAGAGGAGAAAUUGAUGCACGAGGCCAGCAAGCAUAAAGCGAAGGUUACCCCUUUUAAGCUGAAAAUUUUGGAUAGAGCAAACCCUAGAGUUUAUACAAACUAUAACACUUCCUUAGUCAGUGAACCAUCCUGGCAAGAUCGACUGAAUUACUCUAACUUUAAAAAGAAUAUUGGCAGCUCCAGUUAUAAUCCAAUUAUGGACAGCACAAUCAAAACAAUCAGGUUCAAGUGCUCCAAUUAUAAAUCUAACGAGUACCAGGUCAACUUGGAUCAAAAUGAUGAUAUGAUACCUGAUUUAGAUGUCAUGUUUGAUGGUGCAGUCAGAAAUAGAGAUUUGGCAAACAGUAAACCAAAUGCACUUACAAGCUCAUCUAACAUACCUUUUGCUAACUCUCAUAAGCGAAGGAGAGAACCUGCCUUAUUCGUUGAAAGUGAUUAUGAGGAUACACAAGAAAAUACACAGGACCUGUUGAACGGAUUCCACAAAAUCGACACUACAAAUGCCAGAAAAAACAUCGCUCCAGUUGACAUAUUAAGCACACCUAGGCCAGCUGCUAAAACCCAGCCCAAUAGUCUAGACGAUAAAGAUGAUACACCCGUAUUCAAAUCUCGUAGAAGACAGCAAUGA